CAGUGAGCAACGCAAGAUGCUUUGCGAUAUCUGCCGUGAUGGCCUCGAAGGUAUGUGGGAUGCCGCAAGAACGCCCCGCUUGGCUCUUUGCGAUGACUGGCACGAAAGCGUCAAUGAUGAAGACGAUGAAAUCGAAAAUGAAAACGAAAAGCCCCUUCCAAUAGAUGACGAUCAGGUCGAAGUCGAGAAAUAUAUCUAUGCACAUCACCCAACAAAGGAGUCUUUCCUUCAGUCCAUGCGGCAAGGAUGCGUUAUGUGCAACCGCUUCGAUCCGAAUCAGCACCACGAACCAAGUCCUAAAUUUGAGGGCUUAGGUUACUUUUCGGUCUUUUACGUGUGUCUGAGUGGACAGAAGAAACCGGUCAUGUGUGUUGAAUAUGGGGGAUCCUCAGGUGGAUUCGACCUCGUGCCUGUCGGGGAUCCCAGAUAUGAUUCAAACAUGACUAUGGAACUAGGACCUUCGACAGAUGACCCGAAGACCUGGGAUAUGAUUAAUAGUUGGCUCGGUGACUGUUUGGAAAACCACACCAAUUGCCCGGGUUCGGUUUCUCUUGUGAAAUACCUUCCUACUCGUCUGCUAAGUAUCGACGACGCCGGGGACAACAAAACCUUCCGUUUGGUCUUAGGCUCAGAGUGCCCACCAAACUCCCAAUAUAUGACUCUUUCUCAUUGUUGGGGUACGAAACCAGCUGAGUUGAGAUUACGAUUGCUCAAGUCUACAUUAGAGCAGCUAAGAGCUGAGCAGUCCAUUGAUGCUCUACCCAAGACGUUCGAGGAUGCAAUGACUAUUGCGAAACGGUUUGGAAUCAAAUACCUCUGGAUCGACUGCCUCUGUAUCUACCAGGACUCUCCCGAGGACUGGCUAGCAGAGGCCUCAACUAUGCAAGACGUUUAUAAGAAUUCAUUCCUCAACAUCUCGGCGCUUGGCGCCGCGGACGACGAAGGGGGUUGUUUUGUCAAACGAGAUCCGAAGGGUGUUUCCCCAACGGUCGUGCAUUUGAAACGGAGAGAUAACGAAGAACCUGAGCCAUUCCGCUUCGAGCUGGAGAAGGGUUGGGCCUGGCGUUUGACUUUCCAAUCUGAACCAAUCGUCACACGAGCGUGGGUAGUCCAAGAGCGGCUAUUAUCUCCUCGCGUCCUACACUUUGGCCGUAAGCAAGUCUUCUGGGAAUGCCGGCAGCUGAACGCUUGCGAAAUACAUCCUGAAACUGUGCAUUGUUAUGGAGAUGACGAAGACAAAGAGUUUACCCUUCCACAAGAGAAGCACGCUCAUCCCUGGAAACAACUGCUAGGUGGACCUGAUCGAAGACAUGUUGACGAUCCGUAUGAGCAACUUUUCGCGGACUGGAAUGCUAUUAUAUAUAUAUAUACCGAGAGCAAUCUCACAGUACCCUCCGACAAACUGAUUGCUCUAUCUGGUGUUGCGAACGAUAUGAAGUGCGCGCUUGAUAAACUUCGGACCGGCCCGCAUAGAUAUCUUGCUGGCCUUUGGGAAGAAAGACUAAGGGAGGAUCUACUUUGGAAUGCCGACAGCGGAGGCAAGCGUCUGGAGAAGUAUCGGGCGCCAAGUUGGUCUUGGGCAGCUAUAGAUGGGAAAGUACGGACGUCUUUGAUAUUUGCGCCCGAAGACUGUUGCGUCUGGUUUGUCGACGAUGUGUCCGGGGAGACAGAGCCAAUUGGAGAGGCCGACACUGGCGAAGUGAAAGGCGGGAAAGUCACGGUGACCGGGCCGUGGAUGCAGCUGGAGAUAGGAGAGGCCUACCAAUCUUAUCACCACAACAUAGUGGCUAUAGAGGAUUUUGUCCAUCCUGACACAGGUGAGAAGUUUCAAGAUGAACCUGACAAGCUAUCCACGGGGCAAAGAUUGCCUCCCGCGAACGUUUACUUCGACACGCUAGAAGAGAUGCCGCGUGAAGCAUUUUGCAUGACUUUCCGGGCACAGCUGUGGGCUGAAGAAGCCUACUCGUAUUCGUCUCUGGUUCUAGUCAGAGCUGAGGGAGUGGAAGACGGAAUGUAUCGACGCGUUGGAUAUUCCUCGAGCACUAUUGCAAGUCGUGCGAAAGCGGUAGAGUUCGUUUCGAAAUUUCCACGCAAGACUGUCACAAUCAUCUAA